AUGAAACAGAAUUCAGAAAUUUUAUUGUCUGGCUCGAAGAUCAGAAGAUCAGACAUUACAAGAUUGAAGACCGAGGGAAUUUAAGGAACAUACACAGUGAUGACUGGCCCAAAUCAUUUGAAAAGUAUAUGAAAGAUGUCAACUGUCCUUUCAAAAUACAAGAACGACAAGAAACAGUGGACUGGCUGCUCGGCUUAGCGGUUAGGCUGGAGUAUGGAGAUAAUGCUGAUAAGUAUAAGGAUUCUACCCCUGAUGGUGCCAAAAAUACCGACAAUACAGCAAAAAAUGCAGAACCGCUGAUUAACUUGGACGUGAAUAAUCCUGAUUUCAAGGCUGGAGUGAUGGCUUUAACUAAUCUGCUUCAAAUCCAGCGACAUGAUGAUUACUUGGUAAUGCUCAAGGCCAUUCGCAUUUUGGUUCAAGAGCGCUUGACGCAGGAUGCCAUAGCGAAGGCCAGUCAGUCCAAGGAGGGUUUGCCUGUUGCUUUAGAAAAGCACAUUCUUGGUUUUGACACAGGAGAUGCUGUUCUCAACGAAGCUGCCCAAAUUCUCCGACUGCUGCAUAUAGAGGAGCUCCGAGAGCUGCAAACAAAAAUUAACGAAGCGAUCGUAGCAGUUCAGGCGAUUAUUGCUGAUCCCAAGACGGACCACAGACUGGGGAAAGUCGGGAGAUGAGCAGAUAAAAAGCUUUUAGUCUCUUGUGUACUUAGUACAAUUAGGAACCACAUACAACUCUGCACAACUCUGGCAUGCAGUUUGAAAUGGUGUUAUUUCACUGUUUUGAAAGAAAACAGGAAAUUGAAUUCUAACUUCUCAUGAAUUAUCCUUUUUCUUUAAAUAAAGGAAGUUGGGGAAAAAUAGACAA